UUGCCUAAACAUGCAUUUGUCAAUGAGUGCUUUUUUUUCAUUUAUAAGCUUCAUUUUUUAUUCUAACCAAAAGCAAGCUCGUACUCUGUCAAAGUCUCUUGAAAUUCAGUACCUGUCUGGACGUAAACUCUGUUUGGUUUUUGUUUACCAACAAAAGGCGAAGCUUCUAUUCAAAGCGAAAGCAUAAGACCAGCUGAGUAACGCUGAAGGCAACCCGGCUUUGAAUAUCGUUCUCCAAGCUGACUGGUUAUCUCUUGACGCUUUUUCAUGUCAUUGUUUUGUGGUCUUCGUAUAUUAAAGAUGCCACGUCCUUUUAAGUAUGUCAUUGUCACAAAGUCCGAGUAAAAGUUCGAGUUCUCCAAGGAAAAGAUCCCCGCGUAAACUUAUCCCACGACCGGUAAAGCGCAAAUCUGUCUCAAGCAGCUCAGAGUCAAACCAGGUCCCUAAGACACUACAUCAUUUUUUUGCGAAACAAACAGCGAAGGCCAAGGCAACAAAGAUUCUGCGGAGUAACGGAGAUACGUCAAGCAAAGCUCUUGUUAUUGGCGAUAGUGACAGUGAUGAGAAGAGUAAGAAGCUCGGUAAACAUUUGGCGCGGAAACUUUUUUCACCCAGUCCGACGAAGAGAACGAACGUAGCACAAGGAAGUGGUGACGAGCUAUCGCAAGAGGCAACUUCGACAAUAUCAAGCGAAGUUUUAACAGAAGACCGAGUUCCUAAUCGGGAAAGUGACGCAUGUGAAUCGAACAGCCAAGAUGCACCACGAAGCGACACAAAGCUUCUCGUAGAAAUUAUAUCUCCUUUGAAAGAGCCCAAUGUGGAGCUGGUAGACGAUGACACCGACGAGGUUAUGGGCCGUCUUCCAGAACCUGAAACAUCUACUUCGAAACGAGCUACGCAAAAUUACGAAGCUCAAACAUUUCGGCACGCCUAUGAAAAGGCUAUCAAAAAGGAGCUUUUUAGUUAUAAGGAUAAAAAAUUAUUGUCAAGUUUCUUCGUUCUUAACGAAGGUGCACAGGAACUCUGGCUUCGGCUAUAUCAGAGAAAGCACCAAUGGAUUCUACGGUCAAGAAUUUCUUAUAACAUAGACCAUAUUGACUCACUGCUGAAGGAACUGGUCGAAGCUGGAUUUCUCUAUGAUAAGACACAUCUAAAUGAUCUGAAGAUUUUGCUUGACCUUCUACCUCAAAAGAACGUCGUCGCGUUAGGCCGAACGUUUUGUGAUCCAAAGAAGUGUACGACAAAGGCAGCAACAAUUGAAGAGUUAAUAAUUCACGCUGGACGAAAAGACGCCUUGUUUGGCGCUCAACGAAUUCGACAUAACAUUGUUAAGUGCGGACAGCAGCUUAUAGAACAAUGCUAUUUCAUCGAAGAUUCUAUCGCUGCCGCUGUCACUAGAAUACUGACGCUCGUUUCUCUCGGAAGUCAUUUUGACACAUUCACAACUGCUGCGGAUAAGAGUGACCACGGUGUGUGCAAUCUAUUUACUAUCAGCCAAUUUAUGCGGGGAAAUUAUUUCUUCCCUGAAUAUACUGUUGUCGAUAUAGUUCCCACACUGUUUUCCAACCCCGAAGAGUUUGCUUUGUACUGUGAUGCGCGUCAGUAUGUAUUUCGGCUAUCAAAGCUGACAGAGACUCAGAAAUGGGAUACGGCACUCACUAAAUUUGAAGAAGCAUACAAGUGGUUUAUGUCCUCCUGCACUAAAGAAAGAUUUUCCAAGGACGCAGCUUUGCCAGGGUUUCUGCAACGUUUUUCUUACAGUUACUGCCUAAUGCGAUGCCUUGUGAUCGGCGCAGAGAUAUUCGAACGCCACAAACGAUAUCAGGACGCCAUUGAUCUAUAUUAUACAGUUCUAUCGCAGACGUCUCUACAACAAAAUAGGCGCGGAAUGUAUUGGAUCAGACUUCUUCUUGAUAUUGAUUCUCAUUUAAAACUGCCAAGGAACUCUCUUUGUCUGGCUAGCAUUGGGCUAAAAGAUAGCAUCGCCCCUCAACACAUGUUUGAUAUAUAUACUAGAGCUAAGCGAUUAGCAGAACGUUUCGAGAUUUUUUUGCCUCAACUAGAGAGAUUUACCCCACCGAUCGAAGCCCCAAUAGAAGUAAUAUAUGGUCAACUUACUAAACGGGAUAUUAUAGGUAGACGAAAUGUAUUUGCUACGGUGGAUGAAAUAGGCGAGAAGAUUGUAGGCCCAGAGGCUGUCGCUAUAGAGCAUUAUCUGCAACAUGGUUAUACAAACGGUGUGCACGGUGAGACCCGGAGUAUACAUAUGCUUUUUGCCGUACUUUGCUGGGAUGUACUUUUCGCGGAGCCUUUAGAGACGGAACCCGUUCCUCCAGCGCCAAAAGGAAUCGCUUUAACUCUGGAAGCUGAGUUGCAGGCGAUUAAACACCUAUUUAAGAAGGACGACGUCGUCAAUAUCAGCGACAACGAUGACGAAGUGGAUGCGUCUACUUCACCAGCGAAAAAGCGCCGUCGAGAUCGACAAUCAAAAAGGCCACCGCCAAAGAAGAAGAAGGUGGUACCUGUUGGAGUCCAGCUAAUCCCUCAUCGAGAAUACUUCCGCCCAGAUCUGUUCCCGAAGGAGGUAACAUCACAUCGUCGGAACGCAUGGCUACAGAAAGCCUCGUAUAUAAAUGAAUUUCAAUCGGGUCCACUUGACCUCGGCUAUCCAGAGUUUUACCUAAACCGCAAGCGAGCUAUAGAUCAACAUCUUGCGACACUGGAAUCAAUAACCUCAGACGAAAUGGUUUCUAUUGCUAAAAAGAAUUACGUGCUACACAGCGGCCGCGUCAAUCCACUCUUCAGUUGGGAGGUUCUCAGUGUGGAUGAGGUGACCUCAUUGGUUGCUUGCAUCCCUGUUACCGUUAUUGUGGCUAUUUGCCGUCAGUUACUCGUCGACUUUCGGUUUUAUCGUUCCGGCUUUCCCGACAUAAUUCUCUGGAACGAAAAGACGCGGCGUUGGAAGGUAGUUGAAGUCAAGGGUCCUGGCGAUAUCUUGUCAACGAAACAACGUUAUUGGAUGCACCUAUUACUGUCCCUUGGGGUAGACUGUGCUACCUGCCGCAUUGUUUCGGUGCAUAGCAGAAAAAUUCGCAUCUGACCCGCCAAAAUCCGCAACUGAUUAACCGAGAGAAGUUUGUUUUCUCAUAACUUUCUCCAUUGCCAUUUUUUACUGCAUAUUUAUAUAGGUGUCCGUACAUAUUCGCACAUGUGGGGCACGUUAUAACUUUUAGCUAGCUUUUCUUUCUCGAAAACCUAUUAGAGUAUUAAUAUUGCAGCUCUGUAGCCGAGUGGUGUAUUAGGUAUAUUCGGCUAGCUUUGUCGCCCUUUGAGGGUGGUGUGGUAUUGAGGUAGCCAAAAUAAGCUCGCCCGUUCGUAAACAAUUAUUCAUAAAAACUGGUCAUUUUAAUGGGUCUGUGUAAUACAGGUAUAUACAUCUGAAUACGUUUCAUUUCUGACAUUUCUUAUACAUCAAAUAUAUACGAACCUAUAAUUUUUGGGCGUUCUUAUUAAAGUAUCUAAAAUUAUCUACUAAUCAUUCUUACAGUGCUCUUAUUCGUAGAGAAUAUAAAAUAAUGUAAUAAAUAGUGUGUAAAGGGUUAAGGGAUUCUAAAUCAUCGACAAGUGAAUCAAAAUUCGCGCUUCUUCAAUAUACAUUCAGCGCCAUCUAUAAAUCCCGAUGUAAGAGAGAAUGAAGCGGUGGCAGGAUAUGCCAAAUUUGUUGGCUCGUAUUACAGGAUAUUCCAGCACAAGAGGAUACAAGUAAAGCACAAUUGCAGAGUCACGAAAGAUAGUAACUAUCUAACCUGGCAUAUAUAGCAAUUCUUACGAACACAGUAUAUCGUUGAAAUUUCACAAGUUAUCACGCUCUAGUAUCCGUAAAUAUCGGUUACAAAAAGCAAAUCAAUUUUUUAGGUAUCAGUAACACUACAUAAAAUAUACGGAUGUGUUCGUCAGUGUGCAACAUUUGUUAAACGUAUUCAAGGUAUUCUAUCCCGUCUUCUACUCGACCUGUUCGC